AAGAUCAUGCCACUGCACUCCAGAAUGGGCAACAGAGUGAGAUUCUGUCUCAAAAACAAACAAACAAAAAAACUAAAAUCCAUAGAAAUCUACAUUAGUCAUAACUGUUUUCUGAGACGUCCCAGACACCGCAGUCCUGCUGAUGCUCAUGGUCAUCUUCACAGACUAUCCAGGCUUCUGUUACAGUCCUGAGGGAGACGCGAAAGCAUUCUCUGGCUCUAAAGAAGGUUCUGCUCCGCAUCGGCUGAGAAGAAAAUCGGAACCUUCCUCACGAUCACAUAAAGUUUUGAAGACCAGUGAAACAACACAAGACAUCCGAAAGGUUUCUAGAGAGGAAGGAUCUCCCCAGCUGACUUCAGCAAGGCCAUCUCCUGCCCAGAGAAACAGUCAGCCUAGCAGUUCUGCCAUGAUCAACGUGCUUCGAGCAGGUGGAGCCAUCAGAAACAUCUGGACUGAUCACCAGAUCAGGCAAGCCUUGUUUCCUAGCCGACGGUCCCCGCAGGAGAACGAGGACGACGAAGAUGAUUAUCAGAUGUUCGUGCCAUCCUUUUCCUCUUCAGAUCUAAACUCUACCAGACUCUGUGAAGACAGCACUUCUAGUCGCCCUUGCAGCUGGCAUAUGGGACAGAUUGAGUCCACUGAGACCUCCAGCUCUGGUCACAGGGUUGUCAGGCGGGCCAGCAGUGCUGGGGAGAGCAACACCUGCCCUCCUGAAAUAAGAACUAGUGACAGAACGAGGGAACUGCAGAACGGCCUCAAAACAGAAGGGCAGGAGGAGAGGACUCCCUUUGGGUCAUCCGUAGAGUUGACUAUUGAUGACAUAGACCAUGUCUAUGAUAACAUCAGUUAUGAGGACUUAAAACUGAUGGCUGCUAAGCGGGAGGAAGCUGAAUCCACUCCCUCCAAAUCAGUCCGGGACUCCGUUCGCCCCAAGAGCACCCCAGAGCUAGCCUUCACGAAGAGGCAAGCUGGCCACAGUAACGGCUCUCUUUACGCACAAAAGGAUGGCGCGCUUUCAGGUGGAGAGGCAUCCAGCCAGAGCACGCGUGAACUCCAGGUGGUUGAGGAGAACAUCUACGAUACCAUAGGGCGCCCACGUCCUCUGUCGCUGGGUUUUAAGUCCAGCGGCCUAAAACUUGCCAAGCGGAGCAGCUUUUUGGAUCUGGAGGCCGACUUCGUGUGUUGUGACAGCCUGAGGCCAUUUGUUUCCCAAGGUAGCCUCCAGUUCAGUGAGGACGAAGCUCCUUACCACCAGGCCUCCCCCUAUCAUGAAUAUCUGACUUUCCUCUAUGACUCCACCAGCUGUAACUUCUCCACGCCCGAGAAGUCUGUAUCUGAUCAACUGUCCGAAGAAGUCGAUGAAAUCUGGAAUGACCUGGAAAAUUACAUCAAGAAAAACGAAGACAAGGCCAGAGACCGUCUCCUUGCAGCGUUUCCUGUGAGCAAGGAUGACGUGCCGGACAGGCUGCACGCAGAGAGCACCCCUGAGCUGAGCCGGGACGCGGGGCGCGCUGUGUCCACACUGUCCCUGCCUGAGAGCCAGGCUCUCCUCACGCAUGUGAAGAGCAGGCCCGGCAGAGCCAGCCGCGCCAACUGUCCCUUUGAGGAAGACCUCAUUUCUAAAGAAGACUCCUUUCUGAGCCUCAACCGGAUCUCUCUGGCCAGUGAGAUGCCCCUCAUGGACAAUCCCUACGACCUGGCCGGCUGUGGCCUGUCUCAAACAGACCCAGAAAACCCUGACCCGGGGCUGGAGGCCAUAGAUAAGACAAAAAGCAGGGUGUUUAUGAUGGCUCGGCAGUACAGUCAGAAGAUUAAGAAGGCAAAUCAACUUUUAAAAGUGAAAAGUCCGGAACUGGAGCAGCCGCCAGCCAGCCAGCAUCAGAAAUCUGUGCACAAAGACCUGGCUGCCAUCUUGGAAGAGAAGAAGCAAGGAGGGCCCGCCAUUGGACGUCGUAAUCGAAUGGACCGAUUCUCCAGACUUCUCCGAGUGGGCCUUGCCGCUUUGCCAGGAGCUUGCUCUCGGUGCUGUGCGGAAGGAGGAGCAUCUUACUCACCUGCCGAAACUCUCGAGCAUCUUUAUUGAACUCUCUAGCCGGGGUCUCCAGGCCCCAGGUCCAAUUUCCGCCUAUAAAUCACCCAACCAGGUCCAGUUGCUCCCACAUCUUAGCAUGUGGCCUGUCAUAGCAUGCUGGCCAUCUUGAUCCAUCAGACCUCCCUCUGGAUAGGCAUUGAGACAAAGGAGGCCUUUGGGUUUCUGGGUAUUUGGUGAUAUUUCACAUGGGAGAAAACUCCAUACAGGCUUAAGAAAUGUUCCUCCCGUGUAGAGUAAGGAAGGCACAAUUUUAUGCUUUUGUCUACAGCUCGAGCAACAUCAGAAACGUUGAUUUUAAUCCUCUGUCUAGAAAACAGUAUGUUCGAUAUUUCCCUUGGCAAAGAUUAUUCUAA